UAUAUCAACCUUGAAUUCGUGUCAAAAAACUUGAAAAUUACAGAACGUCGUCGUCGACUGGAGUUUUUCCUGUAUUUCCAUCUUUUCAAGCAUUUCGUAGCGAGGUGGAAAAUAUUGGAAACUACAGUCGACUGUUCGGUGCACGAUGAUCCGCCAAAUGUGAAUCUGUACGAGUGUGAAUCCGCAGCGCUUGUGAUUCGUUUUCGAAAGGGCGACGACAACAGGGAAAAGAGAGAUUCACCAUACCCAAAACGCAACCCGUCCAAGUUUUUUUUUUGUGUGUGAAAGGGUCACCGCGACGAAGGUGUGUGGUGAAAAGUGUUUUUCCGCUGGGUUUGAACAAACCGUGCUGCAAAACGGGGCGUUGGCGUGGAUGGGUGCGGAAAAGUGCACACCAACGCCAGAAGCGCACAACAAAACCCGUUCGGCCCAUGGGCUGGAAGUAAGGCGAUAAAAGGUGCUUCGUCCAUUUUUUGGGCUUGGUGCAUACAAGUGUGCCUGGAGUGUUCGGGCGGUGACGGCGAAGGAGCAGAACGGGUGCGUGUGCGUAGGAGCUGCUACGAAGGAGUGCUGUGCGUGCGUGCGUGCGCGCGCGUGUUUGUGUUUUGAAGAAAAAAGGAUGAAACACAUUCAAGUGUCCCUUUGGCUGCACCAGCAGGCAGCUAGCAAAUAGGGUGAGGCGUACGGUAUAUGUGUCAGGUGCGGAAGAAGGGGUUGCAAGGCAGCACAUAAGGUGUGAAAGAGACGGCGAACAAACUUUCUUUCCGUGAAAGAGAGUGCACUGCGAGUGUCUGCUGGAAGGGUUUCGGAAUGGUUUUCCUUCCGAUCGAAAAUCAUCAAUCGACACGACAAAUGGUUGCUAGUCAAACAGUCAGAAUGUAAACAUGGCCUACUGAUACUAAACACAAAUCGCCCCCACGCAUCAACCAGCCGAAAGGGAAUCGUACCUACGCCAGUGCAAAAGCAGUGUUUGUGUGUGUGUGUGUGUAUGGUUGGAUCAUUCCUUUUGUUUGGCGAAGCAACCCCGGGCAAAUGCCUAAGCAGCAGCAAUUUGGUUAUAUCGUCCGUAACAAAUAAUAAAUAACGAUAGCCAUAAAAGAAACAAGGGCAAAAACCCUUCCUUGGAAAGCAGUGGGCUUUCCGAACGUGUGCGUGUGUGUGUAUCUUACGUGUGAGUAACUGCUUGCACAAAGUUAUCAUCAUCAGUGGGCGAGCAAAUUGUUCGCGUCUGUUUCAAUGUGUGCGAGUGCUUCUUUCUUGUGAUUCGCGGUAAAAGGAUAGUGAGCAAAAUUGUUGUUUCCCUUCCUUCUGCUAGUUGGGAAAGGAUAAUACAUGUGCUAUGUGGCCGAUGGUUUGUAUUAAUGGUUCAUACGUCGCUAGAUGAUAGAGAUACACAAAGUGAACGUCUCGACGGAUGUUAUCCAUCCGGAUUCGAUGCAAUCCGGCACGUAACGAUGUGUUAAGUAAUUGAUUUAUCGAAGAACGCAUUGUUCGCACAAAACCGGAUGACACCCUCCACACUGGAAAGGAAGCAUUAGCGUCGUUGAAUUGUUGUUGGAGCAUUACGAGUAAAUUAAGCUAUUAAACAUUUAGCCAUUCGCCACACAAAAAUUGCUAUCAGCAACAAGGGCGUAUAGCGAACGCAGGAGAAAGUAUCGUAUCGGAGUAAAAAUGUGCGCACAAUUGCAUUCAGAACUGCCCCCACGCGCCGACGACGUCGUUGCUGGACAAUGAAUCCUGGUCUAUGGGGAUGCCUGAUACCCUGUGGACUGUCAUAUUGGUGCGAGAGUAAGAGUGGCAGCGAUCCAUGCAUUACUACGGAGAUGGGAGCAACAGCGUCAACGGACUGUCCCGGCUCUAGUGGCGGAGGUGGCGUAGGAGGAGGAAUAGGAGGCGUAGGAGGGAGCGGUAUCGGUGCAGGCGGUGCGGUCGGUGGCGGUGUUGGCGGUAAUGGAGGCAUGCUGGGCCUGUCGGGGAUUACAUCGACGGCCGGUAUCACCACAACACCAUUAACAUCAGCCAAUGGUAGUGGUGCCUCCGGAUACGGACCAAUGUGCGGUGUGGGCGGAUCCGGUCCCGGCGGUUCGGGCGGCGGCCCCGGUGCCGUAGUUCGCGAGCGACGAAAGAAGGUGACCGGGUUUGCAACGCUAAAGAAAAAACUGAUCCGACGACGCCGUUCAUCGAAAGCCUGUGAUCAUGGUCGGGUGUUGCGGGAGUUCGUGUCCAGCUGGAGUCCGAUGGAGCUGUCCGCACUGCUCGAGGAGUAUGAAUCUCUGGCGGCAUUGAAGGACCUUUCGGUGCAGGCAGAACUGGCACGGCCACCAGCGACAACGUUUAAGCAGGAUCUAGCCAGCCUGUACGAUUUCAAGCACUGUACCGAUUGCGAUCUAGUAUUCCGCGGCACGGUGUUUCCGGUGCAUCGGGCGAUCCUGUCGGCGCGUUGCUCCUACUUUCGCGAUCUGCUCGCCGGCUGUCCCGGGUACGGGGCGCGCAUUUGUCUCGAGCUGCGCUCAUCGCCGGUAGAUGUGGCAAUGUUUUCAUCGCUGCUGCGCUACCUCUACACUGGGGACCUGUGUACACACGAUCCGACCAUAGAUGUAAGUCUGUUACGUAGGUUAGGGGAAGAUUUCGGCACACCCAAUCCGCUGGAGAACGAUCUGCGCUAUCUGCUGGAAACGGGCGACUACGCGGACGCAGCCAUCGUAUUCACCUCGGAGGGCGGUGAUUAUCAUCGGCCCGAUUCCGGCAGUUCGGAGUAUGGCUUUCGGCCCAAGCUGGAGCUACCGUGCCACAAGGCGAUUUUGAGCGCACGUUCGCCGUUCUUUAAAAACAUGAUACAACGGCGAACCCGUAACAUCUCCGAGGAGCAUCAGCUGCACGGGACGGACCGAUCAUUGCAUGCGACGACACGGAUCGUGCUGGACGAGGGUGUUAUCCCGAAACGGUACGCCCGUGUGCUGCUGCACGCGAUCUAUCUGGACACGGUCGAUCUGUCGCUGAUACUGCGCGGCAAUGGCUGUGGCAGUGGUGCGGGCAGUCUCGGAGAAGUACAGGCCCUGACGCACACCGGUCGUGCCAGGCCGUCACCGCUCGAGGAAGCGAUGGAACUGUACCAGAUCGGACGGUUCCUCGAGCUGGACAUACUGGCACAGGGCUGUGAGGAUUUGAUACUGGAAUGGCUAUCGCUCGACACACUGGCCACGGUGCUGCGCUGGGGCAGCCAGCCGCACGGUUCGGCCUGGGUGUACCGACAGGCCUGUCACUAUCUGCGUGAAGAAUUCUCGGCAAUCGUCGGUUCGCCGGUGCUAUUUCAAUUAGACAAAUCGCAGCUGAUCGAAGCGUUGCAGAACAACUUUCUGCAGGCGUCCGAGCUGGAGGUGCUGCAGGCGGUGCUAAAGUGGGGCGAACAGGAGCUUAUCCGCCGGAUGGAAGAUCGGGAGCCAAAUCUGCUGAGCCACACGGCACAUUCCGUCACGCGCAAGGGCAUCAAGAAGCGGGAUCUGAGCGACGUUGAGCUGCGCGAAAUACUGUCCGAGCUGUUGCCGCACGUGCGUAUGGAUCACGUGCUGCCACCGAACAACGAAAUCCUCAACCAGGCUAUCCGGCGCGGGUUGGUCAGCACCCCGCCAUCCCACAUGAUCGGUGACGAGCGGGAGAGCUUACGCAUCAAUGCGUGGAUCCGCGGUGGGAAGAAUCAUGGACUGUUCGUGCGUCCACGACUCUUUAUGCCUUACUAUGAAGAGGUGAAGGUGCUGCUGGAAGAUCACAUCGCUUCGCAGCAAAUCGAGUUACUGCGGAUGAGACGGUCGCGGCACCACAUGCCCGACAUACCGGACACGCUGUACAUGGUUUCGCGGUUGAACAGUAACGCCGGCACAACGCUUGGCGGUGGUUCGGCUGCCGGUGUGGACGUUGUCGCUGCCACGACCGCACCCAUUCCCGCACCGGACGCACAAACGAUGGAAUCGAUGCAGAAACGUGAUCAGAAGCUACGCCAAGCUCCCGGUUGCCAGCGUGCGCUAGCGCUGCCGCUUUCGAGCCGGUCGGAGAUCAACCGACAGAUACGGCUGCGGGUGGUGCGGGAGUUUAACUUCCCCGACGAGGUUGCGGAUCUGCUAGAGAGCGCCAACUGCUACUGCCACGAUGGAGAACCGAACGGGGCGAACAAAGGUCCGACCGAUUAUGACCAUGACAGUCACCAUCAUCAUCACCAUGCGCAUCAUCAUGCACAUCAUCGGCACGAUCUGCAUGCCAGUCAGCAAUCGCUGGACGAUGAAUCAACGCCACCCCCCUCGCCGGCUAUGCCCAGCAGUGACAUGGACGCACAGGCUGCAGUGCAUUGCUUCGGGCGCAACAUGACAUUCCCUCGGCAGCAGCCGCAGCAACAGCAAUACCCCGCUCAGCAACAACCGUCAGCUCAUCACUCACAGCGUCCAUCGAUGACACCGCAUUCAAUGCUAGCGCACGGAGUGCAUGGGUCCGGGGGUGGUAGUAGUAACAGCGGCACUGGACCGGGAGGCAUUCAUGCGUCGAUGAAUAAUCCACUUGCGUUGAUCAGUGGAACGCACAGACGACAAGAAUUGCCUUCGGUUAUCCCGGGUGGAGACAUUGUGGCGUAUCGUCUGUCUGCUCCGGCCGGCAGUGGUGCUGUUGGUCCACCGGGAGGCAUCGGUGGUGGUGGGCUAGACUUGAGCGAAAUAGGGGCAUGCUCGGAUGGACAUCUUUCGGACGUCAUGCCCGACGUUGCCAUGGCAACGGCUUCGCUUGGUCAGCUUCACUUGGGUGGAGGUGGUGGUGCUGCAUCGGGUAAUGGGGGUGGUGGUGGUGGUGGUGGUGCAGGAAAUGGGUCGGAUGUGCCGGAAAGCUUGCAUCUUGAUUUAGGUGACGGACCGAGUCACAUGAUUGGUGGUGCGGCUGUCAGUGGACUACAUCACAACAUUUCGCACCAUCGCAUGACACCAGCAACGACGACAUUCCAUCACUACAUGACUCGAAACCUGUUGAACCCAAUGCAUCCAUCAACAUCGCAGCAAGCGGCAUCACAAUCUCAGCAACAGGUGCACCAUUCGGCCCUGCAACCUUCUGCAUCAUCGUCGUCUUCGUCCUCCUCUAUGCUCUUGGGUGGGCACUCUGCUUCCUCCCAGCUGCAUGGAUCGCAAGCAUCUCUUUCACAUAGUGGACAACAGCAGCAGCAGCAGCAGCAGCAGCAUCAGCAACAACAUCACGGUUCCCAGCAAUUAUUAAAUGUGGGCUCCUCAGCACAUCCGCAGCAACAGCAACAGCAGCAACAACAUCAACAGCAGCAAUCAUCACAGCAACAAUCGCUGGCCCAGCGGUCUUCCUCACCGUACACGUUGCAUCGUGCCAGCCCGAGUUUGCCCCAUAGUUCAUAUCACUCCGGACCACCGCGAUUCUUAUAGAAAAGGCUACACGUUUAUCCCGAUCGAAAAUGCCUCUUCGUAAUGCCUUUCUAAACAACAAAACCACAACGCACGCACUCACACGUACAGAAAAUCUCAUAAAAAUUAAACAAAACGAAAAGAAGAAAAAAAAAUACAUAAAAUGUGUGUGUGUGCGUGUGUAGCGCGUGAGAAAGUGGUUACGAGUAAUAAAGUACUCGGAAAACACGAUAAAUGUGGUACAGUUUUAGCAUUGCGGUUGGUAAAAGCUGCUCUGCGAACACUGGAAUGAGGUUGAGCGGACAGUUAUAAAUAGUAAUAAUAGAAUGCGGCACAGUACGAUAUUAUUGGAACAAAUUGCAUUAGUUAAAGCGAAUAAUACUACAGGUUGAUACCUUUGAAAAUGA